GCGGUUUGACGCAGCUGCGGCAACGUGGAUCAACUGGACUUUGGCAACCGGUCACGUAAGUGACCCGUUUAAAAGUUGCCAACAUCCUAAGGAACGGUUUGUCACGUCAGGUCAAGCCGUCGGUGUGUGUCUGGACAGCCGUGGAGAUGUCUGACCUGUUCGUUUCCUUGGCGGUGUUGGCGGCGGCGGUGCUGCUCAGCGAGGCGGUCCGGUGGACCGCCGCGCGUCUUUCCCCUGGAGCUUAUUGGAUUUACCUGCUGGAGGCGGCGUCCACCUUCCAGCUCUGCUGCUGCACACAUGAACUCAAGCUGCUGGGAGAAACCACCCGGCUGGAGCUGCCGGUCGGCCUCACCAUCACUUACUUCAUAACUGUGGUCCACUUGACAACUUUACGGGAGGCGACGUGUAACCCCAUCGCGGCUGUGGAGAGAGUCUGCCGCGGCAGCAGCAGUGUCAAGGCGGCGCUCGUCCUCAUCGCCCUCCAGUUCGGCGCUGCGGUCGCCGCGCAGUUCUUCGCAGUCUCCGUGUGGUCGCUGGGUCUCUCCGACGUCCACGUCCGGCACCAGAGGUUCGGGUUCAGGUGCUUCGACCCGCUCGGGGGGACGCUACUGGAGGCCGCGGCCGUGGAGCUGAUGUGCACCUUCACGGUCCAAGCCACGGCCAUGAACAUCCACAGAGUGGACGAGAAGCUCCGAGCUGCCCUGUUCGCUGCGGUCAUCACUGCGGUGGUUUUCGCAGGUGGAAGUAUUUCAGGAGCAGUUUUUAACCCCGUCCUGGCCUUCUCCAUCCAGUUCCCCUGCAGCGGCCACACCUAUCUGGAGUACUGCUUUGUCUAUUGGCUGGGACCAGCCUUAGGUGCGGCGAGCUGCAUCUUGUUGUUUGAGAAGAUCAUCCCGUUCCUCUCUGGAAAGAGUACCAUUAGGCUGGACAGCCAGACUGCCCAGAAACAGAAGACACAGUAACAGUGAGAGGAAAAGAACGUGUUUAAGUUGUUUAUUCCACAUAUCUAGAGAGAUAAAACCAGUAUAAUCUCUUUUUUUUCUUUUGUCAUUAACACUUAUGAAGAUAUCUGGCCCAGUUUGGACUUGACUAAUCUUUAUCAAGUCUAAAAUCACUGAUGUAUGAAGCUCCUGUUGUAUUCUACUGCAGGUUUUACAGAAGCUCUACAAUUCAACAAAUCCAGUGAUUCCUGCUAGGCAAGCACUUUGCAAAAGUGUUAAGACAAAACACCUACGUGAAACAAUAUUUACUGUACUAUGAGGUUAUCUGUAGUUUUUUUCCAAGAAAAGAUGGGCAAUUUUGAGAGCAGCACAGAAGAAAUCAUUAUACUUUAAAAAAUGAUGUCCCCGUAACGGGGUAAAAGAAAGAUGUUUUUAAAAAAAUUUUCCAAGACACAGACUCCAUUGCUAUUUUCAUCACCACCACUCACUGCAUUUAUAAUAAAAAUAUACUCUGUACAGAUCAAUUUAAACUGGAAAUAACUGAGGAUUUAAUAUAAAAAUAUUAUAAAUUAGCUGAUUUGCAUGGGUCCGUUGCACCAUAUAAAUAUAUAGAAACCUAAUUAUGAAGCUAAUUGUCCAUUCAUUUUGUAAAACACAACAUACUCCAAAGGAAAUAACUGCAAAUGUUGGCUCAGUAGGUCAGAAACUUCUGGGAGGUGCAACAAAGCUGCAGCUGAACACAAGAGAAGCUUUUCUCCAUCAGCAAACAUCAGUGGCUUCAGCUCAUCAUGGGAGUUCUUGACAAGAGGAAAAAAAAUAACCAAUAACUGAACAGUGAGCUUUGCACAGAGACACAGACCUGCUGCUACCACACCAGAUAAUCUUCUGAUGGGACCGAGAAGUUAUUAAUAACACACACAUUCAAGCACUUGGCAUUAAUUUCAACUGAAAUUUUAUGUCUGGUAUUUUUGGACAUAUAUAUUUGCAGAAACAGCACUCAGAACUGGGCGUUACUGUGCCAAAAAGCCAUCAUCUGCCGAAAGCUGGUUCAUCCAUGAGAGCAUGUGGUUUAUAUCAUUCAGUUUAAAUCUUCUACAGCUGCUUUUAUCCGGGUCAAACUGUUAAAAUGUGCAUGAUUGUGACCAAAGAAAAGUUUGUAGGUUAUGGUGUAAUCUGGCAAUACAUUAAUGAUUAAAGCCCAUAUAAAUAAGGAUAUUAGAUGUAUCAAACACAUUAAGCAUAAAUAUUAGUAAAGUAUUGCCUGUAAAUUAUGCCUUAACAUGAUCUAUGAAUGGGUCUGUAUAUAAAAUAAAUAAUUAUUUUUGCAAUUACCCUAUAAGCUAUAAUCUUUAAAAUAUAACCCUUCUGAAUUAAGUCAAGUCAGUCUAAUGCAUUAAUAACAUUUCAGUCCCAGUGUAGGGACUAUAGUCAUUAUUUGGCAGAUGGAAAACUUUUUUAUUUUCUUCCUUUAAAGUUGUUUCGACAUUUAAAAAGAAGUGAUUGAUCAUAAUCUAAAGCACAGAGCAGGUAAAAUAAUAUGAGACAUGAAGAUAAUUGCAGAAAAGAUUUGACCCUAGUAAAAGCAGCUUUAGAUGUAUAUAGACUGAGCAAUACAGCUUUAACAAGCAGUGCAUUUUUGGCAAGCAAUCACUUUUUGGCACCCUGGCGUUGCUUAGAGGCAAGCUGAGGUGCGCUAUUACCUAAAGCACUUUUUUUAGUACUCUGGAGUGUACAAACGUGAACAGCAUAUCUUCUGUCUUCUUCUUUAACAAGAACACAUAGCUUGUAGGACGCUGUAGGACAAACUCUGCUGUUGGACAGAAAGUUGACGCUAACACAUCAGGCUAGCCAGCUAACUAGAACAGGGGUUUUCAAACUGUGAGCCUCCUCAAGUGAUGUUCUGAAAACCACAUGAUGUAAGUUAUAACAUUUGACCCAUUUAUUUGGUCUCUUUAUAAACAGUCAAUAGUUUGAGCUUCAGCAACGAGUGUGAAGCACAGCUUCUGCAGCCAUUAGCAUCUGAUUGCUAAAAAUUGUCAGUACAAUAUAAGCACACAGAUAUGAUACAUGUGUUUUUCUAUAUGGCACAACUUACAUUUCAGUAUAUAAUUACCACUGAUGUUCAUCGGUAAAUAAACAACCACAAAAGUGCUCAGUUAACACAGAAAAACUCCUUUAACUUGCUUGAGAUCAUCACAUUUGUGCAGUUUCUUCAAUGUGAUCCAAUGUUUGCAAAUCGGAGCUGCUGACAAAUAAUUUCAGUAUGCUUUUAAUGGAGCCAGUUAGCAAAAAAUGUGAACAAAUAUAAGCUAAAAAAUGGGGCUCCUUUUGAAGCACACAGCUAACGUACCGUCACUGUUGCAGCAAUAGCUUUACUGUUAACAACCUACAAAGCACUUUGGGAAAUUUAGUCCCAAAACCUAGAGAAUGACCCACAAGCUGGUUUGUUUAAAAUACAUUUUUAAAGUUUUACUAGUGUCAGCCCACUCAGAUGCAAAACCGUUGGGGUCGCUGUCACUGCACAAACAUACAUCUCUCAAAACCAGCACCAAGGAUGGAUACACUUUCUAUAGCAAAAAACACAUUUUGAUUUCAAUUCAAAUUAGAUUUUUAUAGCUCUCAUAACAGCAUGCACCAUGUGUAUGUUAAUGAACAUGCGUGUGCUUAAGUUUUGCCAAAUUUUUGUCAUUAAAAUGCAGAAGCAUAAUGUUAUGGAAAUGGACGAAACCAAGAGGAAACUUGAAAACUAACCAUAGCAAGCACAGUGGUUGCAAAACAUAAAAAUAUAAAAAUUAUGUAUAAUUUACACGAAUAAGCCAAAGGACCCAGAGCAAAAGACAAAAGAAGUGGUAAAUAUAACAAGCGUAACAUUACAGCCAGUUACAGUUAUCAUUUUCUCUAUGCAGUUUGGUAGAUUUAAGAGCAUCAGACAUUUCCACAAACAUUUUUAAUAGUAUUAAAAGUAUUUGUGCUGUUAAUUUCAGAAACAUUCAGUGGAAGCCUUUAUUUUCACAGCAAUCACACAACAUAACUGCACAAAGUGGGACGGGCAUUUCCUCAAUGCCAAUAGUCUUAGUGACAUUCCUUAAAAUACAUAAAUACACUUGCCAAAUGUGAUAAAAGGCGUGUUUAGUGGCAUGAAGUCUACAAUUACUAUUUUCAAAUAUUUUACAGUUAAUCUACUCUUUUAAAGUCCAAUAAAACAUUAUUACAAUAUAGUUGAAUUUACUGUACAGUCCCAAAAUACAUGUUUUGAAGAGAAAGAGCACAAAAGUUUAGUAGUUUCGUCUAUUUUAGUUUAAUUAACGUGGAUGUACUACACUUUCAAUUCAAUUGCACCAAAGCGGUUCAGUUCAAUAAAGAAAACUGGAUUUCCUUUUCAGGAAAUUGAUGCUGAUUAGAUUUUUUUUGAAUGACCAAAGCUUUAACUGUUUGUUGAAAAUUUACGUUAUCCUACACAACUUAAUCUGACUGUGUGUCUCGAGUCUGGCUAAUAAUUUACUGUAAUGUUGCCAAUAUUGCUAAAGAUUUGUCUACUGGAUGGGAGUUUGAUCAUUAUAGUUUGAAGUACAUCACUUUUUUUAUAGGAUUUUUUUUUUAUGUCACAUAUGCAGUUUCUCUUUGCCUGUGAACGAAAGACAUAAUAAUUUGCAUCCUUAAAUACCUCUGCAGUCUGGAUGAUAUCGACUUGUUUGAUUACUGUACAAAAGAAUGUGAAUUAACACAGAUUUCAGUGUCUGUCAGCAAAAUGUGCAUUAUGAUUUAAAUAAUGGGUUUUCAUAGUACUGUAAUUUAAAUGCAUUUAUAAUAUCUUGUGUAACAUAUUUUGAAUAAAAAUGGCAAUUUGAAAAAGUU